AUGAAAAUCUAAUCAUAUUUAUUCUUGUGUUGUAUGAUUAAAUCCAUUGAUUGUUAAUUUUGUUAUCUCAUUGGCUGCCAACGACGGCGAUAGACGUCCAUUUUAAUUCAGUCUAUCGCUGUCAAUGGUGGUCAAUGAGUGGAAAAAGGCACAUCACCUAAUGUAUAUAGCAUUGUCAUUUACCUCUCAGAAAAAAACAAAAUAUUCAGCCACACGACGACUGCACUUGAAGAGCAUCUUGCUGAGGACUGCCGCUUCGAUGCUUUUGGCUGAAAGUGAAGAGAAAAGAGCGACGAGAGAAAGAUUCAUCAGCGAAUGUUUCCCUCUGCCAAAUACCUCAGACUUGUCAGUCCAGGAACUUCAGGAACUUUGCAAAGAACUACACAGAAAGAUUGAUGUGACGGAUGAAGCUCGUUAUGAUAUAGCUGUAAAAGUGGAAAAAAAUGAAAAUGAGAUUGUGUCACUGAGACAUAAGCUUGUCGCCCUGAAGGGGGUCAGGCGACCCAGCUUAAAGAGGGUGAAGAAAAGUACAGAAGACAUGCUAGGCGCAUAUUCGGACUCCUCCAAACUCAUGAAGGCUGAUUUCAAGGCCAACCUUAAGACAGUGAAGAAAGAAGAUGAAAAACGGGAAGAAGUGACGGACUGGCGAAAGAAUGUGGAGGCCAUGUCUGGCAUGGAAGGCAGAAAGAAGCUGUUUAAUGCCGGACAGUAACCAAAUGAUUUAAGAUGAGAGUAUUAGACUAAACUUGAGUUUCAAGGUAUUGCACUGCUAAAUCAAAAUGAAAUGUAUACAUUUUAUAGUUCAUAAUACAAUUAAAUUGAAUUUUUAUUUCAUUUAUUUUAAAGGUUCACACAAGUAUAACAAGUGGCUUUUUUGUUUUAACUCUUUAGACAAAAUUGAUUAAAAUAUCACUACUUUCCUGCUUUGUGUGUUUUUUGUAUUGCCUGGCACGGUUCUUCAUGUCAUAAUUUGAAAUUGAUGAAACAACAUCUUUCGCCAUCGCGAAAUGUAAAUACUAAGAGAAGAAGUCUUAAAUUCAUGAAUAAUGGCUCACAUUGACUUCUGAUUUGCUUGCCGUCCUGGCACAAGAGUUCUAUUUUAGUUGUCCACUCACAGACCACAUAACUUAGGAGUCCUUGAAUGUGACCUGAGGCUCCUCCUGUCACUUCAAGACGGACGCUGCACACCUCAACAGCUUCAUUUGCACACGCACUAAAGGUAUGGUGAGUCAUUGCAGCUCCUCUACU